AUGGCUCAUCAACCGAAUGCCGACCUGUAUAUGACCUCAUCACUGUUCGCCAUCUUGGAGUCAUCUUCCGACGGCCGAGCGAGCCUACGUGGCGGUGGACCCAUUGCCGGCGAACCUUGGGCGCAGUCAGGCCAAUUCUUGCAACUUGAUCGAACCGUUGUCCGUCAGAUCGUGACUCCAAAGCGAAGUGGAGGAGCGUUGUCGAUCGCGGUCAUCCUGCCCGGAUGGGGUGAUGAGCCGAGGAACGGCCGUUCCAUGGAACCGCCGUCUCAAAAAAGGGGAUCCAGCAAAGCACGAACCGGGGACUCGCUGGGGACUUAUCAGGAACUCAUCAUUCGAGAAGUAGAAGAGUUGGUACUCCGUACGGAGUAG